UGUGCGGGGGGGAGGGGGGGGCGAAGGAAAGCAGAGGCCACGCCCACCCUCCUUUGCGGCAACCGCGAGCGAGAAGGCGACUCUCGCGCGGCCAGUAACCAACUGUCAGAGGAGCGAGCGCGAGAGGGAGCGCGAGAGAGCGACGGUUGGCGGCGCCCAGAGCGGCAGCGAGCGAGCGAGUCACCGACCGACUGACCGACCGACAGAGAGAGAGACCCGAGCCCCAGGUCAAGGCCUCCCUGCGUCGGCUGGUAACAAGCUGUUCUUCACCUGGCCAACAACUGCAUUGCCGAGGCCUGCAUAGUGUGAUUAAGUGAUCGUUGCAGAAGAAAUGGCGCUGCCAUUUAAGAAGGACCUGGAAAAGUACAGGGAUAUCGAUGAGGAUGAGCUGCUCAACAAACUAACAGAUGCUGAACUAAAGCAACUGGAGAAUGCUUUAGAAGAGCUGGAUCCAGAGAAUGCACUGCUUCCAGCAGGUUUUCGUCAGAAAGACCAGACUGGCAAAAACCCGACGGGCGCCUUUGAUAGAGACAGCCUUCUAAACUUCUUAGAGAAGGAGGCUUUAGAAUAUAAAGACAGGGAGGAUGUUGUUCCAUUCACAGGGGAGAGGAAAGGAAAAGCAUGGGUACCCAAACGGAAGCCUGUGGAGCAGCGGGUUGAGGAGAAAGUGACCCUGGAUCCAGAACGAGAAGCCCUAACCAGUGCGACAGAUACAGAGCUCUGUGAUCUUGCAGCCAUUCUUGGAAUGCACACGCUGAGCAACACACAGUUCUACGAUGCCAUUGGAAAUAUUGGUAACAAAGAGGGCUUCAACAAUGUUGUCAAAGGUGAGAAGGUCAAACCAGUUUUUAAUGAACCUCCCAACCCAACAAACGUAGAAGAAAGUUUACAAAGAAUAAAAAGCAACGAUCCUGGACUGGUGGAGGUUAAUCUUAAUAACAUAAAGAACAUUCCCAUUCCAACGCUAAAAGACUUCGCAGAAGCCUUGAAGAAGAAUACAAAUGUGAAGAAAUUCAGCUUGGCAGCAAGUCGGAGCAAUGAUCCCAUAGCCCUUUCUUUUGCAGAUAUGCUUCGAGUAAACAAGGCUCUUAAGAGUCUAAAUCUAGAGUCCAACUUCAUUACCGGAGUGGGUAUACAGGCAAUUAUAGAUGCAUUGAAGGAGAAUGAAACGCUAUCGGAGAUCAAGAUCGACAAUCAGCGUCAGCAAUUGGGUGCCACCGUUGAAAUGGAAAUUGCGCGGAUGCUGGAGAUAAACACCGCAAUCCUUAAGUUUGGGUAUCAUUUUAUGCAACAAGGACCACGAACCAGGGCUGCAGCUGCCAUAACGAAGAACAAUGAUUUAGUCCGUAAAAAGCGAGUUGAAGGAGAUGCAUAUUAAAGUAAUCUGGAAACUUUGCCUGCCUGGUGCUGUAUUUCGUCCUAUGGAAGAUCCACUACAAUGCAUUGGGCACAUCGCCAAGCCUAGAUCAAGGCAUUCUCACACUUUGCUGUCUGGGUAGAAGGGAAAAGACUGGAAUUUCACCCCCUCCACUGUUAUUAUCAGUAAAUGUAAUCUAGUAGUGUAACUUUUUUUUUAUCCAUAAACAUCACAUUUUUUUUCUUUUCAGGGGACUUCUUAACUAGCACCAAACUCCAUAAAAACGGGUGUUUUCAAAAGAUGUAUGUUAAAAUGUCCCAUGGCAGGAAAAAUGUUUGACUUGAAAUUUGCACAGUGGUCAAUGUCAAGUAUUUUUAACCUUUUUUUAUAUAAACUGUAAUAAAAAGCUGUGCUAAAUUGUAGAACGUGUUGUGCAGUUAAGUGUCAUUUUGUACUGCACUUUAAUAUUCAUUCCACUGUAUCAGGAUUCAAAUCACAAAACUUGCAAACUUUUAAACGUUUUUUGUAUUAAUGCAAAUAACUACUGUGAGUUUUUUUUUUCUUGAGACUCAAGAUUUUUUUUGCAGCUUUGUUCUAGCUGUGCAGUGGCUGAACCACAGCCCCUGCAGGUGACUUUGGGUCACUCUUCCACGUGGGUGUACUGUGGUGAGAACGGUUAAAUCAAGGUUUUAAACACAGGGAUAUUUGUUCAGCCUUUUUCAGCCCCCAAAAAUGCUACUUCGCCACCUUCAAUUUGUUGGUAUUCCUUUUGCUGCAAAUCACGUUAUGAUACCAAAACGUUUUACAUCGACGGAACUCUUCAUAGAAAAUACAAAGUAAUACGUUUGCAGUUUGGGUUCCAAAUACGUUAGUCAGCAAUAGUAACAGUUUAACCAAAGAUCUAAUUCUGGGUUCUUUGCAGUUUUACUUGCAGUGCAUUUCAUAAAAUCCUGCAAGCAUUUCCAGCAGAGCAAUUUGGGCUCUUGGAGAGCGGAAGUAUUAGGGAAAUUGAUCUAAAUCAGUCCGUGAAUCAAAUGCUAACUUUUUUUUUAAAGGAAUCCAUGCCAACUGCACUGAAAGCUACAUACAGUCAUUUGAAUUUUUUUUAUAUAUACUGUAUCCCCUUUAUGGAGUUCUUAAAUUUGUUUUAGUCUAACUUCACUUACACUAUCUGUGGCAGCAUGAUCAUUGGAGGAAACAUUCCGAAUGUCGGGAGUAUGUUGGGCAUGCUAAUAUCAUUGUAAUGACGCUUAAAGGACCAAGUUGUUGUAAAUGCUGUGUGACCAAGUUGUAGGCUUAUGUAUUUUGUCUGUGGUUAAACUAUAUUAUGAUAAUGGGGUGAGUACUGUAGCUCUUAUCAAUGUUCAUCGACCGUGUAUAAUGUCUGUUCCCCCCCCUCUCCUGUCAACUAACACACCACAAAGGUUUGCCAUUUUUCAGAUAUACAAUUAAUAUGGGUAUGUAAAGAAAAAUUGCCAUAAAUGCUUGAGUGUUGAAACAUUUCAGCUUGCCUGCAAUGCAUAGGGUCUUGUUUUUACAUGAAUGGAAACGGUUUUGUGGUAGUAAAUGCUUACAAGUUAACCUUGGAUGUUGGAAAAUAUUUGUACAGCUAGCCUCUGCAACUGGCAAAACACUCACUUUGACGAGAUGUUCGAGUUUUGUAUAGUAUUAAGUAUUGGGUUGCAACCUAUUAAAAUUCAGUUGCGUUUAAAAAUGAAUUGAGCUGUUAAAAGGAGGGAAACUAUGUUUAAAAAAUAAAUGCUGAGUAUAUUGUAAAUGUACAGCAUUUGAUGAUGAUAACAUGUGGGAUAAUAAACAUUUUUAAUAACUCGUU